UCUGUUACGUGCGCAGUGUAAAGCAGGUGUGGACGAUCAGCGAUGACGCGUAUAUUCGCGUCUUUGACGCCGCCGGGAAUAAUGUACAAUUGGCGCAUCCAUCUCCUGAAAAACCAGAGAACACUCUCCGUAUGCGAAGUGAGAUGCGUUUCAUCACCUACUACGAGUCGGCCAAUCUCAUUUAUGUUGCGCUCACCCGUAGCCUUGCCGCCAUUGAUCCGUCAACGUGUGGCAUGCCUGUCGUCAUCAACGCCACCAUCAGCUCUAUGACAUUCCUGGAGAACACGGCGCUUGUGACCGGCUACGGCGAGUGGCUGCAGUGCACGAAGGAGGCGAUUGGUCUCAUCGACCUCAGCGAUCCGCACGUGCCGUCGCUACUCUUUCGCGGAGGUCCACUGGGAGGCAGUGUCACACCCGUCCGCAUGCGAUUUCUUACCGCCGUUCCGUUUGCCGUCGUGGCGCAGGAGGCGGGGCGGUCAGAGCGGUAUCUCUCCGUGUUCAGCUACGAGGACUCCAAGGCGUUCUGCAGGAGUGGGGGCGUGACGUCGAUCCCGCAACAGAGAAAAAUUACACUCGAAGCUCCGAGCACACGGCGUCCGGUGGCGGCGUCGCAGCACGCGCCCUCGCCUUCUUUUGCUGCCGCCACUUCCACACCGACGUCAGCGCUUUCGCCGUAUCCGAUCGUGUUUGCCACAGGCAAGCGGGGCAGCGUGAUGCGUGAGGAAAGCAACUUGAGCAGUGGGCACCCUCAGCGUGCCGCCGUGACCUCCUCAAGGGCGGAUGGCAACAACCAACGCCAGCGCCAUCAGCACAGUCCUUCCGCCCCAUUCUCCCAGAAUUUUACACCAAUACAAAAUAGCAAUAGUAAUAACGCCGCCGCUGCCGCCAACACUGCUGUCAGCAGCAGAAGUCAGAGCACUACCCCUGCCAUGAGGACGUCGACUGCCAUCUAUUCAGAGGAUAGCCGUAAUCCUAGCAAAAGUGGCAUCAACGGUAGCGCAGAGAGAAGCGUUGCGGUGCAACUUACAACGCCCCCGGAACUAUUGACAUCACUAACGAAAAUUGAAAACAAAACAGAGGAUCUGAAGGCAUUGUUUGCCCAAAUAAGUGCUCCACGCCCCCUGCUAGACGACUUCUCCAAGUUACACGCUUUAGUCUCUCGCAUGGCAAUGAAUAACCAGCUAGGACUCAACCUCGAUGAGGAGGAGAUGGAAAAUAUUGAGCGGGAUUACCAUUCACUCGAGGGUCGUGUCAUUGCUACGGCCGUGGAGCGCCUGCGUAAGACUGCAGCCGCUUCGUUACUAUCUUCUGUACCGAACUCCACGCGUCUCCGUGACAACUCUGGAAGACGUGACAAUGUUGGCAGUGUUGCGGCAACAUCCCCAUCCGUGGUAGAGAAGCGGGCAAAUGCCGUGACGGAAAUUAUGAAUAGCAGCAAGGCGGAGGAGACGGCGGGUUCUGUUGGCGGGUCAGAAAUUGCACCAGAAUCAUUGCUGCGCUGGGUUGCGCAAAUCACGAGAUCUGGACAGGGUGAGAGGGAGUCCCACCGGCGACAGCUAGAAAGCUUGCAGCGCCACAAUACACGCAUUGUAGAACGUAACGCAGCACUCAUCAAUGGGAUCGUACGCGUGGAACAGGCCAUUCGCACACAUGCACAGCGAUUACUCGAGGAUGCGGAUGCUGCCGCGGCCGUCAUUUCAUCCGAUGCUAGCUGUGAUUCCUCCGCCCAUGUGCACGCCCAGCGGCACAUUCAGCUUCUUAACCAAUCACUGCAGCAGAUCGAACAGGUGUCUGUCUCAAGUUCCCCCAAGGAGAUUACGGAGGCGAUGGGAAGUUUUGUGACACUGAUCUCCCGCUUAUUCUCCACUCAGCAGGUCUUGCACGGUGACGACAUCGCACGACGUGUCCCCUAUGAUUUAUCAUCUGGAAACGCACAUAACGAUCAAGUCCUCGACACAUCGCGUGCUUCGGCUCAAAACGGGAGCACCCUUUUAACCACACGCUCGCACUUCUCAAGGCCUACCGUGACGUCUGUUUUGUCUAUGCGACCGCAACGAAUGCGAGGCAUCGUUGAAGAUCAAAUCGCCUCCGUUGAGGAAUUUGUGAAGGAUGUUGGGAAAUUCUGGAGCCGCCUGGAGGAGACGCAGAAGGUUAUAUACGUACCGUACGAGAGUGGGGCCAAACCUGAUCUUUUCCAGGACUUUAUGCAGUUUGCCGUCCUCUGGCACUUGCGCGAGGCGCAGGUUAUGGUGGAUGUCUGUCGGAAAGAAUCCGUUAUGGUAAUGGCGGAGGCCCUUCUGGGUGAUAUUGAAAGUAGGGAGGGCAUGGUGGGUAGCAACAUGGCGGGCCCCAGGCGCACCAGCGUCCCCACCGCUCUUCUCUCUUCCACAGAGAAGGCGAUGCACAGCGGCGGGGGGAAGAACCCCAACAGCGCCGAUAUAAAAAAGAGCAACAAAGGCGGUAACGCCAGUAUCUUGGUGGUACCCGCUGCCGCUGAGACGAUACGAAGCGACUCGGCACGUUUGGUCAGCAUCGGCCUGGAGUUGGAGUCUGUCGCUUCACGCAUUCGUGAAUCACUUAAAGCGGCAGAGCAAAAUCUUCAAAUGGGAGUUGCGAAGGAGACCAUUGGAGGGUUUUUCUCAAUUCCAACUGAGAAAUUCUUUAUUGACGCUACAAAACUGCGUGGGAUGUUGUAUUGGGAACGUGUCUCUAUGCACCUCCUCUACGAGUGCCUGGAGUGCCUUGAAGAGCUCGUGUUCCACUGCGAUGAACAGCCGCGUGCGUUCCGUAAAGACAACUUUAAAGCUCUGGAACAGCAGGUAGUGGAUUGGCGUCUCUUUUUGGAGGAUGUACACGGGGAAUGCACACAGCUGCGUUCCGUUAUUCUCUCUUCUCAGCAGGAGAGUUGUACAGGGCGAAUGUCGGCAGCAGCGACAGCGAGUUCAGUUGUAUACGAUCGCAGUAGUUCUUUAGGCUCGCGAGAGAUGAGCCGUAACAGUGAUGGGGAUACGACUAGUACGGAACGAACCACACAGUGGGUGCUGCUUUUUGGUCUAUACGUGCAAUACGCCGAGCGGACCGACGCCACGCCGUUGCUGUUUGCAUCUCAUGAUUCUGGAGACACCGUGAGUGCAGCCGACUUUGGGCUAAUGGCGCUACUUGACGAAGUUGCAGAAAUAAUGGAGACAGUGCGUGCGAAGAGUGCGGCUCUGCUGCGUUACUGCCAGAAGAUACAGGGUCGAAUCGCCCGCGUCGUUGAAGAUGUCGUGGUGAAUGAGGAGACGGGACAAGUGUUUGUUCCAGCGUGUCGCGGGGGUCCCAUUGCGGAGCGGUACUGUAAAGGGUUUUGUCACGAUAUGAGCUGA